AAAAAUGUCUCUUUUCUUUUCUAUACAAAGAGCAUCAAUUCAUUCAAGCCGUAUUCUUGCAACAGAAUGGACAAAAGCUUCACUUCGAAGAAUGAAAAAGCCCGAAUUGAUCAACCUGGCAAAAGAAAAUCAUUUGGAUGUAUCGGGAACAAAGAAUGAUAUCAUCAUUAAGCUAUUGACUCAUCAGACAGCUAAAGUAGUCGGCAGCACAGCCCCUUCUAUUAGUAGUAUUCAACGUGUAGCCGAACAAAAGAAACAACAUGAUAGUCCAAACUCAGACACACAGUACAAGAAUAUAGGAAGUAUAAUAGAGCAAGAUUCUAGCCAGCCAAGCGAGCCUCAUCCUCUUAGCGACGCUGUUAGCAAAACAAUAAAACAGCAAGAUGAUGACAAGAUGAAUCAAGAUUGGGUUAAUGCUUUUGACAUGAAGGUAGCACAAAGAAGAAGCAAUCGAAAGCUCUUUUCAGCUCCAAACCAACCAAGCAGACCUCAUCCUCUUGAUGAUGCUAUCAAGCCAAAGAUGAAGCCAAAGGCAGUCCCAGAGAUAGUAGUCAAUCACUCAAAAGAAAAGAACAUCAAAGCACCUAUUUUAACUUCUUCCUCAGAAACUAUAGACAUAAAUGAACUUGAAGGCAUAGAUCCUCGAUGGGUAGAAGCAUUUGAGCUAAAAGUUGGCUCUAGAGAUAAAAAACAUAAAAUCAAGGAUACUUUAUCACCACCGCCACCAACACCAGCAAAUGAAUUUGACAUGGUAGAUCCUGUUACUGCUCCUUCAGAUAAACACACACAUGUAAACAAAGAUACCAGCAGCAAAGGAAAAUGGACAAAUGUAGCUAUUGGCACAGGUAUGCUGAUCUGGUACUUUGGCGGCGAAGAAGGGUUUAGUAAAAUAUGGAAGUUUUU